AUGGAGUAGCCAAAUAAUUAGUUUAAAACUUGUUUAACUCACAAAAAAGAAAUACUUUUUUUACAGAUCAACAAGUUAAAGCAAAUGGUAGGUGCUUGCAGUUCCUGUGUGACGUCUCUUAAACUCUCUGGAGAAGAUUUAAUUUAGGUGAGUGAUGUAUAUGAUUUUCUAGAUAAUGACAACUAAAUUUUGAAUGAAUUUCCUAGCUUGUAAGACAAACAAAUCCUUAAUACCUAUUAACUUGAAUUCACUUCAGAGGAUAAAAUAAUUCUCCUUUAAGAGCUAGCAAACUUUUUUGCAGAUUUUAAGAUUUAAAUGACUAGCUUAAUUGAAAGAUAAGAGAAAUCUGUUUUAUAAAACAUUGAAUAAAAGUUUUAAGAUAAAGUAGAACUUCUUAAAACUUAUAAUGAAGUUUGUUAAAAAGGUGAGUUUAAAGCAUAAUUCUUGAACUAUAUGACAAAUAAUUAAGAUAAUGGCAUGAAUUUAACAAAUUUCAUUACAUCAUUGAACAACAAUUAAUAAAAUAAUGCUUAGAUUUUAAAAGAUUAGCUAGAAGCCUUCUAAAAAACUAAAGCGAUCUUGAAUUAAUAAUUACCAAUUCAGUAAAAACUAAAAAACUUCGCUUUUAGGCUUGUUGAAGAUAUUGGAAAGGCUUUUUUAUUUGAUUAUAGGAGUGGUAAUAAUCAACAGUAAAUAUCAAGCAUUUAAUAAACCUUACAUGAUUAGUUUGAAGCCUAUAGUGAGCUUUUUUAAUAGUUUGCUUAAGGUUAAACUAAAUAAAUUGAAAAUAAUAAAGCAAUUUUGUCAUUUAUAAAGUAAGAUCCUUAACUAUAAUUUAUGAAAUUAUAAUAGAAUAUUCAUCAAUAUGACAUUGAAUUGAAUAAUAAUUUAAAUGCAAAUAUUUCUAAUAAUCAAAUUUCAAUUGCCAAGCAAAAUAUUAAUAAAUUUAAAGAAAGUAUUAAUAAAUAAGCAAAUUGCUAUCUUUACGAGUUGGUAAGUAAACUGUGUUAGUAAAAUCAAUUACCUUUAGGUUCUGUUAAUCCUUAACUUCUUUAAAGCAUAAAAUCUGAUUUUUACUAUGCCUAAAAAGCACUUCCUUUCAAUAACUAUAAAAUAGAUUUAGAUCCAUAAGCAGUUUCUAAAUUUUAAUUUUUUAGUAUUGAAGACUUUAAAGAAAAAUAAAAAUAUUAAAUGAAACUUUAGUUAAUAUUAGAUAAAAGUAUAUAAAAAUAAUAUCAAUUCAUUAUUGGAGCUAAGGUGUACUAUUAAUCUUAAAAAGAAGCAAGACUUUUCUCUUAGAAUUUUGAAUUGUAUUCCACGAAUUCAACUGAUAUGACUAAAGAUAUUACUAAAAUAAAUGGUGAGAAGAUCUUAAAUUAUGAAUUCUAAUUCCUUUUGAAAGAUUAAGUACUUUAUCUAAAAGAUAUGAAAAAUCAAAAAACUUAAAAAAAUUGUGAAAUUGACUUAAGUCAACAAAAUUUCUUAUACAUUGAAGUGUCAAGCAUUAAAUAAAUAAUAAUUAAUGAAUUUAAUAGAGGUUGA